UGUACAGAAAUGUGUUGAUAUUUUGUGUCACUGAACUCCUGCCUUGAUGUGUGUGUUUUAGCUAGAUUAAAUGGUUAAUUUGUCGACAUGGAUCUCGCCUCAAAGGACUCGUACAUUCAGCAACUCGCAAGCAAAGUGUUUUCUCAACGAGAGCAGGAGCCGAAGAAGAGACCGUUUGCUCAGUUCAAGGGUAAAAGUGACACUGGUCCUCUAAAGAAGAAGAAAAAGUGUAAAAAGAAGCAUUUUAAAGAAAAGGGUGCUGGUGAGAAGACAGCUCCUCCUAAAUCCCAUCAGCAGCCUCCACCCUCUACUGCAGCACAGAAAAGCCCAGCAAAAGUGAAUGGGUCCAAAACCAAGAGCAUAAAUGGAUCUACAACACAGCAGCCUAAAGGAGGAAAUGUGGAGUCCAGCUUCUCCACAGUGGAUGUACUGCGCAAGAGACUGCAUGAAAAGAUCGAAGAGUCCAGAGGGCAGGGAGCCCCAAAGGAUGCAUCAUCAGAGGCCGUCCAGGCAAAGCGAGCAAAACGAAAGCUGGAGCGGGAGCGCAAGAAGAGGAAGAGGAAAGAGUUCCGGAUUAAGAAACUGGCUGAAAAAAGUAGCCAAGAACAGCAGCCGGAGAUAAAACAGGAAAUAAAGCAUGCCCCUGCUGUAAGUAAAAGAAACGAAACUGCCAUCAUCUUCAACAAGGUGGAGACAGUGGAAGAGAGAUAUGUAGACAAAAUACAGGAAAGGAAGAAUAGAAAACAGAGUAUCAAGGGCAAGAUAACACCUCUGACAGGGAAGAACUACAAGCAGCUGCUCAGUCACGUGGAGGCUCGCAAAGCAAAGCUGGAUGAGCUGAGGGAGAAAGACGAGGGGAAGGCCCGCGAGAUGGAGAAGAAGAUCAAGUGGACCAACAUGCUUUACAAGGCAGAGGGCAUUAAAAUCAAAGACGAUGAGGACAUGCUGCGCGCCUCGCUGAAGAGGAAGGAGAAGAAGACCGCUCAGAGAAAGAAGAAUUGGAACAAGCGGAGCGAGAACGUCGUGGAGAAGAUGCAGCAACGUCAGGACAAGAGACGAAAGAACAUCCUGAAACGCAAGCAAGUCAGGACAGAGAAGAAGAAGGACAGGGCACGAAAGAAAGGCAGAGUGCUGCCUGAGGACUUGAAAAAAGCCGCAGUUUAGAGGAAGGAGCUUAUGGCAAGACAAUAUAGGCAAUGUCCAAAUAAAUAAACCAGUCUCUUUUAUGGCAGCAUGAUUUUUUUUACAAGAUGUGAAAGCGCUAGUGCUGCUGCACAUAUUGUGUACCUCCGCUCCUGGAAAGGAGUAAUAAGUGUGUGUUGGUUGGUUAAUAAAAUGUGAUCGUUCAUUACG